AUGCUUGGUCAGUCCAUCACCUUUACGCUUCUUCAGCAAGAACGGAGGGGACUCAAACGUCACAGCUGUCAGCACUGUGACAAAUCCUUCACAAGAUCUGGAUCUUUAAAGGUUCAUCAGAGAGUUCACACUGGAGAGAAACCGUACAGCUGUGACCAGUGUGGGAUAAAUUUCGCUAGAUCAGGUGAACUAAAAAAACACCAACGUGUUCACACUGGAGAGAAACCGUACAGGUGUGUGCAGUGUGGGAAAAGAUUCUCUCAAUCAAGUACCCUUCAAAAACAUCUACGUAUUCACACUGGAGAGAAACCUUACAGCUGUGGGCAGUGUGGAAAAAGUUUCACUACAUCCAGUACUCUAGUAAAACACAGACUUGUUCACUCCGGAGAGAAACCGUACCGGUGUGAACAGUGCGGGAAAGCUUUCACUGCAUCAGGUAACCUAAAACUCCAUCAACAUGUUCACACCGGCAAGAAACCGUACUGUUGUGAACAAUGUGGGAAACGUUUCUCUCAAUUAGGUGGCCUAGAAACACACAGACGUCUUCACACCGGUGAGAAACCGCACUGGUGUGAAACAUGUGGGAAAACCUUUACUAAUCUUAGUAGCCUUAAACACCACCAACGUCAACAUCACGCUGCUUAGUUUUGGGAAAAGAGCCAAGCGAGCUGUUUCCUCCUGCCUCCUACUCAUGCUGUCUCUGUAAUAAGCCUGAAUGUAAACCUCUUCUAGAAAAAUCCAGUGCUGGUUUGAAUGGACCUCUGUGCACUAACUCAGUCCUCAAAGGCUGAUAAGACUGGGGCCAAUCUGGUGGAGCAGCAACUGUUCCAGUAGGGUCUGAGCUGCUUGUAUCUGGCGGCGCUCAUACUGGCUGUGGAUCAAUAGUGUUUGUACUGGCUGACCAGCAUCUACUCUGCUGACAAACUGAAGCAUAGCCCUUGUCAAUUCUUUAUAUAUAUAUACUGGAUUUAUAUUAAUGUUCUCAGCAGCAUCUGGCCCUUUCAAACUGGCUCCCCCUAGUUUUCAAAUGUAAAAUACUAUGUAUACUUUGCCAUGACUGAAUAUGUGAUGCUUAUUAAAUGAAGUAUGUCCAAAUUAAACAGUCUGCCCUGCUAAUCAACAUUUUAAUCACUGUCAAUCCACUAUUUUCCAUCUUGCAUUAGUCCAGAGUUGUAACUAAACAUCAACUGAGAAACAGAUGAUCAGAUGAGGAGUAACUGCACAAUAACUUAACAUCAGGCUGCUGUUAUGGGCCGACAUCAGACUUUGAGAGGCGAGAACAAGUUUACCUGACUGCUGUUUCUGAAAGUCACUCUCAUUGAGUUUUCUUUCUCUUUUUGUGCACAUCCUCUCAUCGACGUUUCAGAAUGGUUAUAACAUGUUGUUUCACGUUAACAAAGAGUUUAAUUUUCAAAGUGUUCGCGGAUGUUGCAGAUGUAUUGUUGCUAACA